AUGAAAAAUAAAGACAAUAAUACUAUUAAUGAAGCUAUAACAACAAUAUUAAAAAAAGGUUCUCAGUUAAGCUUACCAGAAAUUUUAUCUCUCUUAAAGAAUUAUCUACCAGUAUAUCCUUCACUUCGAAAUUCUACCAAAUCAAUCAUAUUAGACUUUUUCUCUUCAAAUCUUAUUGGAUUUUCACAACUGAUUAAUUUUACAAUUAUUUUAACAAAAGAUUCACCCAAGGAAUCAAGAAUUUACAAAAAUAUCAUCGUGGAAUUAUUAAAUGAAAGGUUUGAUUGUCUUUUAAAUUUUAUUCAAAAUAAUACCUUUAAAUUGACAAUUGAAUUACGAAAUUUAAAGUCAUUAUUUUUUGGUAGUAAAAUUUUUAAUUUAAUUCAUGAAGAUAUUGAUAUUAUUUCAUAUUUGAAACUAUUAUGCAAACAAUGGGAAGUCGUAUUUAACGUUGAAGAAAUACACGAUCUAUCAAUAAUUUCAGAUCUACUAGUAUCAAUGUUAUCGCUCCAUCCUGUGUAUUCCCCUAUACAAUUAUUUGAAGGAUUUUUUUUAAUAAAUGAAUCUCGAUUUCAAGCUUUUAUUGAAAUGAUUAAAAAAGCUUCAUCCAUCAAUAAGAACAGAAUUAUUAACCAAUAUUUAUUGUCGUAUUUAGAUAAUAAGGUCUCUAAGGGAAACAUGGAAGAGAUAUUUAAAAUACUAAAGAAUUUACCCAUAACAAAUUGUUUUGAUUUAAACUGCUUCAAUAAAUUUAAAUCAUUAAUAUUCCAAGAAUGUGUACUUAAGUCUAUUUCCCAAUCUAUAAUGCCUAGCAUAAUGAUUUCAUUAUUAAACAGGUUUAAAGAAAUUGAUCCCAUGAAGGAUGAAAAUAUCUGCCAACUAUUGGUGAUCAUUCUCAAUGAUUUAAUGGAUAAUAAGCAUCGAGAAAAGAUAUCAUGUAAUUCUAUUUUCUUGGAAUCUGUUACUAAAAGAUUAGCAAGUGAAGAUAAAGAUAUACGUGAACGAACCAUGUUUAUAGCUAAGAUUGUUACUAAUGGAGAUUUAUCAUAUGAAAGUGAUUAUACUAUUACAAUUCCUAGUUUGAAUUUGCAAGGCAUAGAUACAAAUAUAAAAAAUAUUGAUUUCGUUAAACUUCAAGAAGAGACUCAAUCAAUUGCAAAUAAUACUGAAAAAGAACUUAUCCCAGCUAUCAACAUUUUAUCUCUAGAUGACACGGCAGAUAGUGACGAUGAAAAUGAUGACGAUGGAAGAGAUAUAGUAUUUUUGAAAGAUUUAGUAAAAGAAUUUCAAUUGUUGAAUGAGAAUAGGGGUAAAAGUAAACUGAGGCUGUUAAAGCUGACUAUCAAACUAAUUAGACAAAAGAAAGAUUUCGGAACAGAAGUGAAGUAUUAUAGCUCUACAUUAUUCGCCAUGAUUGCCAGCUUAAACAAUGAUAUCGACGAGAAGAAUUUUGAACAAUGGAGAAUGAAUACGCUGGAAACCAUCGUAUCCUCUGUCCCUGAAGAAACGGUAAACUUUAUCAAAUUUUUGUUCACUACUGAGCUUUCUUUACAACAAAGAUUUUCUAUACUCAGUUCUUUGGGAUUAGCCGCUAGAGAAUUGCGUGGAAUAGAUGAUAAAAUGGUAUUGAAACCAAGCUAUGAUUUUCCUACGAACAGGUUACCGUGGGAUAAGGGAAAUGAAAGUCAAUUGUUGGAAACAAAGAGUAAUAAUAGAAUUGAAGAGAUUUCUGAAGGUAGGAUCACUUGGAAAUCGAAGAAAUUACAAAAUGCUCCACAGACAAAAUUAAACCGUUUCAAACCAUACGCUAGAUUAUUCUUCUACCCGUUGGCUCAUGGAUGGUUGAAUGGUAUUAACCAGGGAACGUACGAUAAAUUCUUCAAAACACAUUAUUUCUCCACUCUUCGUAUGAUCUACGAAUGUGCAGACCCUGUACAUGAUUACCAGACCAUGACAGACAUGAUGCAGCAGAUUAUUGCAGAUGCUAUUGAGCAAGACAUACCUAUAGAUAAGUAA